CUACAUCCAGGCGGAGCAACACAUCCUUCAUUAUCGAGCCGACCACAGCGAAGGGGGACAGAGAAGGAAGCUGCUAAAGCCAACAGAUGUGAACUGGACUGCGGGAGGAGAAUACCCAGAAGUGAAGACAGAGAACCAGCGACUCUGCUAAUAUGUGGCAACCUGCGUCGGAGCGGCUGCAGCACUUUCAGACAAUGCUGAAGACGAAGCUAAACGUGCUGACGCUGAGGAAGGAGCCUCUGCCCACGGUGAUCUUUCAUGAGCCCGAGGCCAUUGAGCUCUGCUCUGCCACGCCGCAUGCAAAGAGCAGGAGCCACGCUGGGUACAAGGUGACCUACCUGGGCAAGAUGACAAUCUCCGGGACCCAGUUCUUGUCAGGCUGUACGGAGUCAGCGGUAGUGAGUCUGGUGGAACGUCGUGCCUUGGACCAACAGCAGGGCACCAAUCCUUCAAGCAAUUCCCUGCUGGAAAUCCGUCCCUUCCAGGUGCGCCUCCACCACCUGGAUGAGCGUGGCGAAGUCUCUCUAACCGUGGACGCCUACCAGGUGGCGCGCAUCGCUUACUGCACCGCCGACCACAGUGUAAGACCCAACAUAUUUGCGUGGAUCUACCGGGAGAUCAACGACGACCUGUCCUUCCAGAUGGAUUGUCACGCUGUGGAGUGCGAGAGCAAAUUGGAGGCCAAGAAGCUGGCACACUCCAUGAUGGAGGCCUUCCGAAAGACUUUCCAAAGUAUGAGUAGCGACGGGCGCAUUCAUAAGAGCGGCUCAACAGACGACUUUGCCGAAGACUCGUCCACGCCUGACGACUCAACCCCAGAUGACGGUUGAAGUGGAAGUCGAAGGCGCUUGUGUUCUAGAUUUCUGUUCUGACAAAUUGAGGGAUGACUGGAUGGACAGAAUAACUGCUCUUAUUCGUUUCCCCCGUCGUUCCCUUUUUAUUUUAAAUUUGGUUAAAAAAAAAAAAGAGUUAUAAAUAUAUCCUCUGUAUGAACCAACAUGCCCAGGAUGAUAAAGUAGCCUAUAAAUUGAUUGAAGGAAAGGUAGAUAAAACGGUUUAAAUAAAGACCUUAGAGACAUUAAAUUACUCUAUGACCCUCAUGAAGGUUUGAAGGCCCACUGUAAUAGUACACAAAAAUGCUACUCAUCAUUUCUCAUUCAGCUUCUGUUAUUCUGCACCUCUCAAAGACUGUGGUGCUUUUUUUUUUAACCACAACACAAAGCAAUUUUUUUACCCAAUGCUAUACUAACCUUUUUGUUCUUCUUGCCAUGUAGGGACCAAACCAGAGUUGAUAGGUGGCCUAUUUUGGGUUCACACUCAGAGUUUAGAGCCGGCGAUGACUUUUUAGCUGUUAAGUGAUUUUCUUUUGAAAUAUUUUAGCCUUCAUAACAGCAAAUGCUGAUGAAGGGGGAAAGCCUUCACUAAGGUUACCUUUUGUGAUCCCCAAAAAGUGGCCACUUAGCUUGAAUGAGAGAGCUACAACAUGUGUGUCCGUUUUAUUGGUACUGAAACAUACAGAGUAUCUGUAAGACAUAAUGAGAAAUAGAUUAUAUUUUAGAAGUUCUCACUGGACUAGAAGCCUGGGCCGGUCUGAGACACCUUAAUUGUCUACAUCUGACGUUUGUUUUAUGUAUACCAAAAUCCAGGCAACAUUUUGCCUGUCAUAUUAUGUGCCUCACUUUCCUGUCUUGUCUCAGUGCGUGUGUGCUUUCAUGUUUUUCUUGGUAUGUACAGUAGGUGUCGAUGCUUAUUUACUUCUGUAUGUAUAUGCAUGAAAAUGCAAGCAUCUGGGUGUGAGAGAGUAGACAGAAAUGAGGAAUAAGUGUAUGAAAUGGUGGGGAUCAUAUUUUUUUAUGUUUAAAGAAGUUUCUAAACUCAGACAUGGUACUGUGACCAUUUGCUACAUUUCUUUAUCGUACGCUAUCCAAGCAAAACCAUGAGUCAGAGCGGGCCAGUCGCUGACGUGGUCGGACACCAAGCCGCAGUCGUCCAAGUGAACAGCUCAGACCUCCUGGCCGCUGCUGAAUGUAUGAGUCCAUCGUACUGUGAGCACGUCAUAUCAUGCCCAGUCACUUCAGGCUCCACAAAUGGCCUCAUGUUAUCACGACAUCUUGAAGGGAGUGACAGUAAGUGGGGUGUAUGUCUCUGCUGCUCUGCAUCUCCCCUCCAAGACUGAGGCACUUUCUUCUCUGACAGCACUUCACUGAACCGACUGAACACCCUCGACUCGCAUGGCUCUAAUCAGCACAUGCAGGGCCUUGUAAAAGUAUUAUUGUCUCUUGUAGUUUUUCUCCUAUUGUCACUUAAACAGAAAUGUUUGUGUAUUUCAUUGGAAUUUUAUUAAUGAUGGACCUUAAUAAGGUAGUGCAUAUUUGUGAGAGGAUGUAAAAGGAUGCAUUUUUUUAUAUAUAUACAUCUAAAUAGCGAAACAUGCCUUUUCAUUCAGAUUCUAUAAGUUAAAAGUUUGGAUAACCUUACAAUAACAUAUCCUCUUUUUAAUGUGGGCAAAGAGGUUUUAAUUUAAAAUUUCCUCCACAUGCUGGAAUUACUAAUAGUAAUUUUCUUAUUUGACUUUGUUUGGGUGUCCAUCAACAAUUUAGUUGCUUUGCCAUUCUUCCUUAAAGGCCAGAUCUGUUGCAUGGACAUCUAAUAGUUCUGUUAGCAGAAAGGCCUGAGCUGUUGCUUUCUGCAGCUCCUCCAGUGUCAUAAUCGGUGUUUUGGCUCUGAAUAACGCUCUCGUUGCAUGACCUGUACGUAUUACGUGGAUGACCAUGGGGUUGUGCUCAGACUUUAAGAUAUUGUUUUGCAAAUUAACUCUGCUUUAAACUUCUCUACAGCUUUCUCCCUGCCGUGUCUGUCGCCUUCCUUUGUCUUUAUGAUGCUGUUUGUUUACUAAUGUUCUCAAACAAACCUCUGGGGCCUUCACAGAACAGCUGUACUUAUACUGAGAUUUAAUUGCACGGACUUGGACUCAAACUAGUAAUUAGAGGACUUCUGAAGGUGGUUUUCUUGCAAAUUGUGAAUUUUAUUUAGUGGCGGCCUUGAACUAAAGAGAGCAAAACAAAUACAUGCCAUGCUUUUUUCUUUUUUUUUCAUUCCAAAAGAAAUAAAUUGAAAACUGUCAAUUUUCCUCUUCUUCACUAAUAUGCACUACUUUAUGUUGGGCUGUAAAAAAAACCAUGUUGAAAUUAGUGUUUCACAAAAUGUAAAAUUCAAGGCAUUUUAAUACUUUUGGAAGUUACUGUACAAAUACAAUCCUAGAUACAAGAAUACAUACUGUAUGUACACAAAAUGUAUUUGAAACUUGCUCAAUAAGCUUAUGUAAAUACAAAUGUAUCACUUUCCAAAUAUUACAACAUAAAUGGUGAUAGCUAUUUUAAAUAAAAAAAACAUAUUGAGAACCUUUA